AUGACUAACAAAAAUGGAUGUUUCUACGAGCACAUACGUUGGGGAGAGGCUUUCGUCAUAGUCUACUCUGUUGUGGACAGGCACAGUUUUCACGAAGCCCAGGAAAUACUGGGACAACAAAUCUGCGUGGACGACGGCCACGAGCUAUCCCUGCAGUACAGCUGUCAGUUCUACGAGGUGAGCGCCGCAGAGAACUUCGCCGGCGUUUCGCUCGGCUUCCACUCCCUCCUCAGAGAGGCGCGCUCCGUGCAGCUGCUGAAAGCGCUGCCCAUCAGGCGGAAGCUGGGUGUGAACAGUGUUUCGAAGGUGCUGGGCAACAUCUUCGGCAAGAACUCGAAGGGGGAUCGCAAGAAGCGGCCGUCGCUGAGUAUUUGA